GAACUGCGAAUCCAGUUUCUUCUUCACUCGGCCUCGGCUAACAACGCGAAACAGCCACGGCAAAAAAGCAGCGCCAGUCACAAAUUACUUUUCCCUCUUUUUAAUUUUUUUUGAUUUUUUUCUUGCAAAUUGUUUACGGAUUGUUAAUGUAUUGCGGCAAGGGCAUGGAGCUAGCGUCCGCUGGCUGCGCUGACUGCUGCAGCGACUGCGCCAGCGCAGCGAACGCUUGCUGCGCUGCUUCCGGCUGCUGCGAUGCUGCUUGCUGCGACACCAAUUGCCAACUGCUGCCAUCAGAUCCUGUGAACUAUGAAUACCAAGAGCCAGAAGAGAACUUUGUGUCCAUUGACGACGCCAAGAUUAAGAGCCUGCUAUUUCAAAUCGGCCAGCAGCAACAAGAGCUGCGACGCCAGCAGCAAGAUCAACAGCAAAAGCAGCAGCAACUGAAGCAGCAGCAGCAACAGCCACAAAUUAUCGAGCUGCUGGAUGAUGAUGAGGGAAGUGCGGAGCCGCCGUCGCUAAUGUUGAUUAGCACAGUCCGUAGCUUAAAGCCAGAGAAACGGCCGAUGACGGAUAAGCAGCGGAUUGCAAAGAAACUGAAGCAGCGGCACCAUCGAAUCGUGGCCAGGAUUGAGCUAAGCGACAGCGAAAGCGAGACUGAAGAGUUGGCGGAGACACCCAAGGAAACAAAUGUUGAAGAUUUACCUUUGGCGGAUGUCACCUGUGAGCUGGAGGAACCACCAGCCCAAGUCAUUGAACUGCCAUCGGAUGACGAAGAGAAACAACUCACGAAAUCAGCUACCCGCAAACGCUCGCCGAGACCAUAUAUAAAGCGACGCGGUCGGCACUUCUAUCAAUGCCAGGCGUGCGGCAAAAAGGUGCAGUCCAAUUAUAAUCUGCGUCGUCACAUGAUGAUACACACAGGUGAGCGUCCGUUUCCUUGUGAUUUGUGCGAGCGGCGUUUCCGGGAGUUUAGUGAUUUGAAGAAGCAUCGCAGACGACAUAUUAAUGAUCCGCGCUAUAUAUGCAUGAUCUGUCGUGUGCAUGCGCCCAUGGAGCAGGACUCUACGCGCUGUGUGGAAUGCGAGGGCAAGAAUCUGUUGUUGGGGCCGCAGGACUGUGAUGCUGGGGAUGCUGAAAAGGAGCCGACUGAUGAGACUGAGACAGCGCUGGAGCCAGAGGAGGAGCAGGAGCAGGACACGGAUCAAGAGCUCUUGCAGGAGGAGAAUCACAUUGACAACGAAGUUGUUUCUUUGCCACUUGCCACAUUGCCGCCUACAUUGAUGGUAACGCUGGUAGCCGCACCACCAGUACUUACGCCAGCCCCACCUGCCCCACCUGCAGUCACUCUGACUGCCAUAACACGUCCUCCGCUGCCACGCAGCUGCAGCAGCGCCAACUCCUCAUCCUCGCUCAGCAACGAUGUGGCACCAAAGCGUCUGGCCAGAGUAUCACGCAAUCGACGCACAUAUCCCUGCCCGCUCUGCCAACGCCCCUUUGGCACACGCCACAAUCUGAAGCGCCACUACAUGAUCCACACUGGCGAGAAGCCGUUCAGCUGCAGCAAGUGCCGCAAACCCUUCCGGGAGUGCUCCACGCUCAAGAAGCAUAUGGUGACCCACGUGCGCGAUCGCUGGUACAAAUGCCUGCGAUGUCCCGCCAAGUAUCAAGACUAUCUGCACUACAUGGAGCACAAGGCGACACACGGACAGGAUACACAGCUAGAGACGGAGUCACGUAGCCGUAGCAGACAAAGAUCACCGGACAGCGGCGAUGGCGACAGCUCUUUGGACGACUGGCUGGAAUGCUGCGAGUGCCAACUACGUUUCACCCAACUGGAUGCAUAUACGGAGCACCUGAAGCAACACGACCUGGAGCUGUAUGGCCUAAGUGUCGAUGAUCUGGAUGAUGAGGAUCAGGACGUAGACGUGGCCUAACAUGACAACACUUAUAUAUAGAUAUAUACAUUCCAUUUGUUAAACAUGUUGCAUUCCAGCACUUAUUGUACUGAG